GGCGGCGCGUCACCUUGAUGGAGGAGCGCUCGGAAUUUAAAUGCCACCGCCCGGGUGAUCCAUCACCAGGAAGGCACAGGGCAACUUGGGCAGGAGGCGCUGCCAUUGGCUGCCGCCCUCACGUGGCCGCCGCCUCACUGUACAUUCAUAUCAUUUUUCUUCUGGCCCCCAUGGAGGAAGUGGGGAAGUUGGCACGGUCACCCAGGACUCCGAAGAGCCGGUCAAUCGGUGAUAGAUGGACACGGCGAGGAUGAAUUCCUUCCUCGAGUAUCCGCCGGUCCUCAACGGCGGCGGCGACUCUGCCACUUGCUCGUCCCGUGCCUAUCACCACCACCACCAUCACCACCACCACCCCGACCAUGGGAUUACAACCACUUUCCAGUCUUGCGCUGUCAGUGCCAACAGCUGCAGCGGGGACGAGCGCUUCCUGGUGGGCAGGGGGGUCCAGAUAAGCCCCCACCCGCACCAUCCCCACCACCAGACUGGGGCUUACCAGCCUCACCCCAGCCUGGGGAUGUCCUAUUCGCACCCCAGUUGUGGGCCAAGCUACGGCGCGCAAAACUUCGGCGCCGGGGGCUACAGCCAUUACCCUCUCGGCCAAGAGGCAGAGAUUAAUGGGGGCUACCCCCAGUGCGCCCCUGCGCUCUACUCGGGAAACGUCUCCUCCCCACUGGUUCAGCACCCUCAGAGCUAUUCCGGGGGUGCAGUGAGUUCGGCUCAGUACCUCCCCCACGCUUAUGGAGACGAGCAACAGAACUUGCCCCUCACGAGUUACAGCCACCCCUUGUCCCCUCUGCACUCAAGCCAUCAGGAGACCUGUGGCUCACCUUCUUCGGAGACCUCCCCUCCAGCCCAGACCUUUGACUGGAUGAAAGUGAAGAGGAAUCCGCCUAAAACAGGCAAAGCUGGCGAGUACGGCUAUGUCGGCCAGCCGAACACGGUCCGAACCAACUUCACCACCAAGCAACUGACGGAACUGGAGAAAGAAUUCCACUUCAACAAAUACCUGACCAGGGCCCGCAGGGUGGAGAUCGCGGCUUCAUUGCAGCUGAACGAAACCCAGGUCAAGAUCUGGUUCCAGAACCGCAGAAUGAAGCAGAAGAAGAGGGAGAAGGAGGGCUUGUUGCCCAUCUCCCCCGCCACCCCGACCGGAAGUGAAGAGAAAGCAGAGGAGUCCUCAGAAAAGUCCAGCUCGUCUCCCUGUACCCCGUCACCAGCUUCCUCUACCUCAAACACUCUGACUACCUCGAAUUGAACGCUGCUGCUCCGUCUGUCGCAGUCUUUCAGGCAUAACACAAUC